GAAUCCAACGCCGCUCGUGAGCUCCUAGGUCCUGAUACACCUAGUGCUCCUGGUGCUGUUUAUCUUGAUAGAUGUUGUAGCACGAGUCUUUGUAGUGAGAACUGUUUUCAGUGCUAUUUCAGUGUAACGAACAUGAACACUGUCAAUCCCGAGCCUUUUAGUUUCGUGAUAAUACCUGUCGUGGAACUCGAUGCUGUAAAUAGCCGCUGGUAUCGAGAUAGAUAUUGGGAUGCGGCCGCAAAGACGGCCCCCGCGACGCUCGUUGCCCGCCCUAUUCCAGUUCAACUAUGUACACAACCGUGGGCUUGCCUCGACAACGUCCUUUACAUCAUGACAAUCAGGCUUCUGGUAGGCUCCGACUCAUUAGUGCCGGUCUCGUGACUAAUAAAUUCGUAAUCACACUAUACUCAUACUUCGAUCAUCGUCGAAGUUACGUCGACUUGAGCGACGUUUCCACCAAUGCUCAACCAUCCCUUCCCAUGCCGCGAAACCCCCAAGUCGAGCCGUCAUCGAGCAUGAUGCAGACCAACAACUACCAUCAAGAUCAACCAUAUCCCAUCCCAUACAUCGGCCUCGCCAGCCUAGCCCAAAACCGUUUCCCACCUGUUCCUCCGUUACAGUUGGCUGGAGGUGUGACGUGUACCUAUUCGAAAAUGGAGAAGGUCGACCUGUCGAAGAUACCGCUGCGGUCUAUCAACGUUUGCCGUAUAUGUGAAACACCUGGGCAGGGUACAUACAUAGCACAAGCCAAAGAUGCGUACGGUCAAGAGCCAUCAUUGAUCCCACCGUGGGGUGGGAAGACGAAGUUCUACUGCGAAUCGUUCCGGACUUCAGGGGCUUCCGCGUGUACCAACUUACGUUUCGAGUCUAGGGCCCUUCCCCAUAGACAAGAUCCGGGAGUUGCAUAAUACACCGCAUAGCCCCUUUCGUCUAUGGCGUUUCUAUUGAUGAAGCACGAAGUCUAAUUGUGUUCUCGCGCGAGAGAGGGAGC